GGGGCGGGAAACGAGCGCGGCGCCCCGGGCCGGGCCUGGCAAGGCCUAAAAGGACUCCCAACGACUCGGUGCUGCUCCAGCUGCUCCCCGGGACCCACUGUCACCCGUCGGGACCUGGACCCUCCGGGAGAGCGGGAGAAAGAGAUGCUGGUUGCAAGUUUUGGAAAACCCUAUUUUUUAUGGAACACAGUUCUGUAAAAUUUUCAUAAGAUUCCUUGGCAAUAACAUACACUUGUGAUGGACCCUAGAAAUACUGCUAUGUUAGGAUUGGGUUCUGAUUCCGAAGGUUUUUCAAGAAAGAGUUCUUCUGCCAUCAGUACUGGCACCCUGGUCCACAAGAGAGAAGUAGAAACAGAGAACAGCCCAAAGGAGGAAGAAGACCUUCACAAACGGAAUCGGGAAAGAAAUACUGGAACAGGAAAAGAUGAUGGUUUGACAGAUGCACAGCAACAAUUUUCAGUGAAAGAAACAAACUUCUCAGAGGGAAAUUUGAAAUUGAAAAUUGGCCUUCAGGCUAAGAGAACUAAAAAACCUCCAAAGAACUUAGAGAAUUACGUAUGUCGACCUGCCAUAAAAACAACUAUCAAGCACCCAAGGAAAGCACUUAAAAGUGGGAAGAUGACAGAUGAAAAGAAUGAGCACUGUCCUUCAAAACGAGAUCCGUCAAAGUUGUACAAGAAGGCAGGUGAUGUCGCAGCCAUUGAAUGCCAAUCUGAAGAAGUCAUACAUCUUCAUUCACAGGGAGAGAACAACCCUUUGUCUAAGAAGCUUUCUCCAGUACAUUCAGAAAUGGCGGAGUACAUUACUACAACACCAUCUCCAGUUGGUAGCCGGGAUCCUGAUAUAAAGGACAGAGCAUUACUUAAUGGAGGAACUAGUGUAACAGAAAAGUUGGCACAGCUCAUUGCUACUUGUCCUCCUUCCAAGUCUUCCAAGACAAAACCGAAGAAGUUAGGAAGUGGCACUACAGCAGGAUUGGUGAGCAAGGAUUUGAUCAGGAAAGCAAGUGUUGGCUCAGUAGCUGGAAUAAUUCACAAGGACUUAAUAAAAAAGCCAACUCUCAGCACAGCAGUUGGAUUGGUGACUAAAGAUCCUGGGAAAAAGCCAAUGUUUAAUGCUGCAGUGGGAUUGAUCAAUAAGGACUCUGUGAAAAAAGUAGGAACUGGCACUACAACUGUAUUCAUUAAUAAAGACUUGGGCAAAAAGCCAGGCACUAUCACUACAGUAGGACUGCUGAGCAAAGACUCAGGAAAGAAGGUAGGAAUUGGUAUCGUUCCAGGGUUAGUGAAUAAGGACUGUGGCAAAAAGUUUGGACUUGGCACUGUAGUUGGAUUGGUUAAUAAAGAGCUGGGAAAGAAAUUGAGUUCUACUGUUGGCCUAGUGGCUAAGGACUGUGCAAAGAAGAUUGUAGCAAGUUCAGCAAUGGGAUUAGUUAAUAAGGACAUUGGAAAGAAAUUAGUGAGUUGUCCUGUGGCGGGACUGGUCAAUAAAGAUGCCAUAACCCUUAAAUCUGAAGCUCUGCUCACCACUCAGGAACCACUUAAGGCUUCUUGUAGUACAAAUAUCAAUAGUCAUGAAAGUCAAGAGCUUUCUGAAUCCCUGAAAGGCAGUGCUGCCAGCAAAACUUUUGAAAAGAAUGUUAUACGCCAGAGUAAAGAAAGUAUGUUGGAGAAGUUUUCAGUCCGAAAAGAAAUUAUUAAUUUGGAAAAAGAAAUGUUUAAGGAAGGAACAUGCAUUCAGCAAGACAGUUUCUCAUCCAAUGAAAGGGGAUCUUUUGAAACCUCAAAGCAUGAAAAGCAGCCUCCUAUAUAUUGCACUUCUUCAGACUUUCAGAUGGGAGUUGCUUCUGAUGCAUCUAGAGCUAAGUCCCCUUUUAGUGCAGCAGGAGAAAAUAGUGUACCUUCCCCAUCACCUACUGUAUCUAUUAACCCUUUAACCAGAAGUCCCCUUGAAACUGCUUCACAGUUGGCUCCAAAUCCAUUACUUUUAAGUUCUUCAACAGACUUAAUGGAAGACAUUUCUGAAUCUGUUGGAAAGAACCAGUUUACUUCUGAAAGUACCCAUUUAAAUGCUCAUAGGUCCAUGGGUCAUAACCUAAGUGUUGAGUGUAAAGGAAUUGACAACGAGCUAAGUGAUUCAAAAGCUACACAUAUAGACAUUUCGAGAAUCAGUUCUUCCCUGGGAAAAAAGCCAAGUUUGGCUUCUGAAUCUAGUAUUCAUACAAUUACUCCUUCAGUUGUUAACUUCACUAGUUUAUUUAGUAACAAGCCUUUUCUAAAACUCAGUGCAGUAGCUGCUUCAGACAAACACUGCCAAGUUGCUGAAAGCCUAAGCACUAGUUUACAGUCCAAACCAUUAAAAAAAAGAAAAGGAAGAAAACCUCGGUGGACUAAAGUGGUGGCAAGAAGCACAUGUCGGUCUCCAAAAGGGCUGGAAUUAGAAAGAUCAGACCUUUUUAAAAAUGUUUCAUGUAGCCCACUGUCCAGUAGUAGUACUGAACCAGCCAAGUUUCUGAAAAACAUUGGUUCAUCGUCAUUUGUUGACCAUGACUUUCUUAAACGCCGAUUGCCAAAGUUGAGUAAGUCUGCAGCUACAUCUCUGGCUCUGUUAAGUGAUGGUGAAAAGCCAUCUCAUAAGUCUUUUGCUGCUCAUAAACUAUCCUCUAGCAUGUGUGUCUCUAGUGACCUCUUGUCGGAUAUUUAUAAGCCCAAAAGAGGAAGACCUAAAUCCAAGGAAAUGCCUCAAUUAGAAGGUCCACCUAAAAGGACUUUAAAAAUUCCUGCCUCUAAAGUGUUUUCUUUACAGUCUAAGGAAGAACAAGAACCCCCAAUUUUACAGCCAGAAAUAGAGAUUCCUUCCUUCAAGCAAGGUUUGUCUCUGUCUCCAUUUCCAAAAAAGAGAGGCAGGCCAAAGAGGCAAAUGAGGUCUCCCGUGAAGAUGAAGCCACCUGUACUAUCCGUGGCUCCAUUUGUUGCCACUGAAAGUCCAAGCAAGCUAGAGUGUGAGAGUGAAAACCACAGGAGUAGCAGUGAUUUCUUUGAGAGCGAGGAUCAACUCCAGGAUCCAGAUGACUUAGAUGAGAGUCAUAGGCAAAGUGUCUGUAAUAUGAGUGACCUUGAGAUGGAACCAGAUAAAAAAAUUACCAAGAGAAAUAAUGGACAAUUAAUGAAAACAAUCAUUCGCAAAAUAAAUAAAAUGAAGACUUUAAAGAGAAAGAAACUGUUGAAUCAAAUUCUUUCCAGUUCUGUAGAAUCAAGUAAUAAAGGGAAAGUGCAAUCUAAACUCCAUAAUACAGUAUCAAGUCUUGCUGCCACCUUUGGCUCAAAAUUGGGCCAACAAAUAAAUGUCAGCAAGAAAGGAACCAUUUAUAUAGGAAAGAGAAGGGGUCGAAAACCAAAAACUGUCUUGAAUGGCAUUCUUUCUGGUAGCCCUACAAGCCUUGCUGUCCUUGAGCAAACAGCGCAGCAGGCAGCUGGGUCAGCAUUAGGACAGAUCCUUCCCCCUUUACUGCCCUCAUCUGCUAGUAGUUCUGAGAUUCUUCCAUCACCUAUUUGCUCCCAGUCUUCUGGGACUAGUGGAGGCCAGAGCCCUGUGAGCAGUGAUGCAGGCUUUGUGGAACCCAGUUCAGUGCCAUAUUUGCAUUUACACUCCAGACAAGGAAGUAUGAUUCAGACUCUUGCAAUGAAGAAGGCUUCAAAGGGAAGGAGGCGGUUAUCUCCUCCUACUUUGUUACCAAAUUCUCCUUCACACUUGAGUGAACUCACAUCCCUGAAAGAAGCAACUCCUUCUCCAAUUAGUGAAUCUCAUAGUGAUGAGACCAUUCCCAGUGAUAGUGGCAUUGGAACCGAUAACAACAGCACGUCAGACAGAGCAGAGAAGUUUUGUGGACAAAAAAAGAGGAGACAUUCUUUUGAACAUGUUUCUCUGAUUCCCCCUGAAACCUCUACAGUUCUAAACAGUCUUAAAGAAAAACAUAAACACAAAUGUAAGCGCAGGAGUCAUGAUUACCUCAGCUAUGACAAGAUGAAAAGACAGAAACGAAAACGGAAAAAGAAAUACCCCCAACUCCGAAAUAGACAGGAUCCAGACUUCAUUGCAGAGCUGGAGGAGCUUAUAAGCCGCCUAAGUGAAAUUCGGAUCACCCAUCGAAGUCAUCAUUUUAUUCCCCGAGACCUUUUGCCUACUAUUUUCCGAAUCAACUUUAAUAGUUUCUAUACUCACCCUUCUUUUCCUUUGGAUCCUUUGCACUACAUUCGUAAGCCAGACUUAAAAAAGAAAAGAGGGAGGCCCCCGAAGAUGAGGGAAGCAAUGGCUGAGAUGCCUUUCAUGCACAGCCUUAGUUUUCCUCUUUCUAGUACUGGAUUCUAUCCCUCUUAUGGCAUGCCUUAUUCUCCUUCACCCCUUACAGCUGCUCCUAUAGGGUUAGGUUACUAUGGAAGGUAUCCCCCCACUCUUUAUCCACCUCCUCCAUCUCCUCCUUUCACCACUCCCCUGCCACCACCUUCCUACAUGCAUGCUGGUCAUUUACUCCUCAAUCCUACCAAAUAUCAUAAGAAAAAGCAUAAGUUACUUAGGCAGGAGGCCUUUCUUACAACUAGCAGGACUCCUCUCCUUUCCAUGAGUACAUACCCCAGCGUGCCUCCUGAGAUGGCUUAUGGUUGGAUGGUGGAGCACAAACACAGACACCGUCACAAACACAGAGAACAUCGGUCUUCUGACCAACCCCAGGUUUCUAUGGACACUGGCGCUUCCAGAUCCGUCCUAGAGUCUUUGAAGCGUUAUCGGUUUGGAAAGGGUACUGUUGGAGAGAGGUAUAAGCAUAAGGAAAAACCCAGGUGCCACACGUCCUGCCCUCAUCUUUCUCCUUCAAAAAGCUUAAUAAACAGGGAAGAACAGUGGGCUCACCGAGAACCUUCACAGUCUAAUCCAUUAGCCUUGGGAUUGCAGACACCUUUACAAAUUGACUGCUCAGAAAGUUCUCCAAGUUUAUCCCUUGGAGGAUUCACUCCCAACUCUGAGCCGGCCAGCAGUGAUGAACAUAUGAACCUUUUCACAAGUGCAAUAGGCAGCUGCAGAGUUUCAAACACUAACUCCAGUUGCCGGAAGAAAUUAGCUGACAAUUCUGGACUCUUCUCUGCACAAGAUACUUCACUAAGUAGACCUCACAGAAAGGAGCCACUGCCAUCCACUGAAAGGGCAAUACAGACCUUGACAGGAUCCCAGUCAACAUCAGAUAAAUCCUCCCAGCGACCAUUAGAGAGCACAAACUGUAGCCCUACCCGGAAAAGGACUUCCUCUGAGAGUACAUCUUCAACAGUAAAUGGAGUUCCUUCCCGAAGUCCCAGAUUGGUUGCCUCCAUGGAUGACUCUGUGGACAGUCUGCUACAGCGAAUGGUACAACAUGAUGACCAAGAGCCUGUAGAAAAAAAUAUUGAUUCUGUAAUUGCAACUGCAUCUGUAUUGCCCUCCUCCAGUCCAAGCUGUAGCCACAGCAAAGAGCGAACCCUAGGAAAACCAGAAAGUCUUCUAGUGCCUACAGAUCCAAGUGACUCUUGUAGCAACAAUGUCUCACUCCUUUCUGAGAAGUUAACAAGCAGCUGCUCCCCCCGUCUCAUCAAGAGAAGUGUAGUUGAAGCUAUGCAACGCCAAGCUCGGAAAAUGUGCAAUUAUGACAAAAUAUUGGCCACCAAAAAAAACUUGGACCAUGUCAAUAAAAUUUUAAAAGCCAAAAAGCUUCAAAGGCAGGCCAGGACAGGGAAUAACUUUGUUAAACGCAGACCAGGUCGACCUCGAAAAUGUCCCUUCCAGGCUGUGGUAUCAAUGCAAGCAUUCCAGGCUGCCCAGUUUGUCAACCCAGAGUUGAAUGAAGGUGAGGAAGGAGUAGCAUUGCCACUCAGCCCAGAUACAGUUACUGAUGUGAUCGAGGCUGUUGUUCAGAGUGUGAACCUUAAUUCAGAAAAGAAGGGAUUGAAGAGGAGAAAUUGGCUGUUAGGAGAACAGAGCAGAAAAAAGCACAAGCCAUCACCAGAGGAAGAGGAACAAGUAAAUAAUAAAAGCUUUUUAGAAACACCAGUUGAAAUUCCCAGUCCUCUUGAAACACCAGCCAAACCUCCUGAAACUGAAAGUACCUUCCAACCUGUGCUCUCGCUCAUCCCAAGGGAAAAGAAAGCCCCACGUCCUCCAAAGAAAAAGUAUCAGAAAGCUGGGCUGUAUUCUGAUGUUUACAAAACCACAGACCCAAAGAGCCGAUUAAUCCAAUUCAAGAAAGAGAAACUAGAAUAUACUCCAGGUGAACAUGAAUAUGGUUUAUUUCCUGCCCCCAUUCACGUUGGAAAAUAUCUAAGACAAAAACGAAUUGAUUUCCAGCUUCCCUAUGACAUCCUUUGGCAGUGGAAACACAAUCAGCUAUACAAAAAGCCAGAUGUCCCACUGUAUAAAAAAAUCCGUUCAAAUGUCUACGUGGAUGUCAAACCUCUUUCUGGUUAUGAAGCUACCACCUGUAAUUGUAAGAAACCAGAUGAUGAUACCAGGAAGGGUUGUGUGGAUGACUGCCUCAAUAGAAUGAUCUUUGCUGAGUGUUCACCCAACACUUGUCCCUGUGGUGAGCAGUGUUGUAACCAGCGAAUACAGAGGCAUGAGUGGGUACAAUGUCUUGAACGAUUCCGAGCUGCUGAAAAAGGUUGGGGAAUCAGAACCAAAGAACCCCUAAAAGCUGGACAGUUCAUCAUUGAAUACCUAGGUGAAGUUGUCAGUGAACAGGAAUUCAGGAAUAGAAUGAUUGAGCAGUACCAUAAUCACAGUGACCAUUACUGUCUGAACCUGGAUAGUGGAAUGGUGAUUGACAGCUACCGAAUGGGUAAUGAGGCCAGAUUCAUCAACCACAGUUGUGACCCAAACUGUGAAAUGCAGAAAUGGUCUGUUAAUGGAGUAUACCGGAUUGGACUGUAUGCACUUAAAGAUAUGCCAGCUGGGACCGAACUUACUUACGAUUAUAAUUUUCAUUCCUUCAAUGUUGAAAAACAGCAACUUUGCAAAUGUGGCUUUGAGAAGUGUCGAGGAAUCAUUGGAGGCAAGAGUCAACGAAUGAAUGGACUCACCAGCAGCAAAAGCAGCCAGCCUGUGACCACACACAAAAAGUCUGGCCGGUCAAAAGAGAAGAGAAAGUCUAAGCACAAGCUAAAGAAGAGGAGAGGCCAUCUCUCUGAGGAGCCCAGUGAAAACAUCAAUACCCCAACAAGAUUGACCCCUCAAUUACAGAUGAAGCCAAUGUCCAAUCGAGAGAGGAACUUUGUAUUAAAACAUCAUGUCUUCUUGGUCCGGAACUGGGAAAAGAUUCAUCAGAAACAGGAGGAAGUAAAGCAUACCAGCGAUAAUAUUCACUCAGCAUCAUUAUAUACCCGCUGGAAUGGCAUCUGUCGAGAUGAUGGGAAUAUUAAGUCUGAUGUCUUCAUGACCCAGUUCUCUGCUCUGCAGACUGCUCGAUCUGUUCGAACAAGACGGUUGGCGGCUGCAGAGGAAAACAUUGAAGUGGCUCGGGCAGCACGGCUAGCGCAGAUCUUCAAGGAGAUUUGUGAUGGUAUCAUUUCCUACAAAGAUUCUUCUCGACAAGUGCUGGCAGCUCCACUUUUGAAUCUCCCCCCCAAAAAAAAGAAUGCUGAGUACUAUGAGAAGAUCUCUGACCCCCUGGACCUCAUCACCAUUGAGAAGCAGAUCCUCACUGGCUAUUAUAAGACCGUAGAAGCAUUUGAUGCUGACAUGCUCAAAGUCUUUCGGAAUGCUGAGAAGUACUACGGGCGUAAAUCUCCUGUUGGUAGAGAUGUUUGCCGCCUACGGAAGGCCUACUACAAUGCCCGGCAUGAGGCCUCCGCCCAAAUUGAUGAGAUUGUGGGAGAAACGGCAAGUGAGGCAGACAGCAGUGAGACUUCAGUCUCUGAAAAGGAGAAUGGGCAUGAGAAGGACGAUGAUGUCAUUCGCUGUAUCUGUGGCCUUUACAAGGAUGAAGGCCUCAUGAUCCAAUGUGACAAGUGCAUGGUGUGGCAGCAUUGUGAUUGUAUGGGAGUGAACUCCGAUGUGGAACACUACCUUUGUGAGCAGUGUGACCCAAGGCCCGUGGACAGGGAGGUUCCCAUGAUCCCUCGGCCCCACUAUGCCCAGCCUGGCUGCGUCUACUUCAUCUGUCUGCUCCGCGAUGAUUUGCUGCUCCGUCAGGGUGACUGUGUAUAUCUGAUGAGGGAUAGUCGGCGCACUCCUGAUGGACAUCCAGUCCGUCAAUCCUAUCGACUGUUAUCUCAUAUUAACCGAAAUAAGCUUGACAUCUUCCGAAUUGAGAAACUCUGGAAGAAUGAAAAAGAGGAACGGUUUGCCUUUGGUCACCAUUAUUUCCGCCCCCAUGAGACCCACCACUCUCCGUCCCGCCGGUUCUAUCACAAUGAACUAUUUAGGGUGCCCCUCUAUGAGAUCAUUCCCUUGGAGGCUGUAGUUGGGACCUGCUGUGUGUUGGACCUUUAUACCUAUUGUAAAGGGAGACCCAAGGGAGUGAAAGAACAAGAUGUGUACAUCUGUGAUUAUCGACUUGACAAGUCAGCACACUUGUUUUACAAGAUACACCGGAACCGCUAUCCUGUCUGCACCAAACCCUAUGCCUUUGACCAUUUCCCCAAGAAGCUCACUCCCAAAAGAGAUUUCUCACCUCAUUACGUCCCAGACAACUACAAGAGGAACGGAGGGCGAUCAUCCUGGAAGUCUGACCGCUCAAAGGCUCCCCUAAAAGACCUGGGCCAGGAGGAUGAUGCUUUGCCCUUGAUUGAAGAGGUACUAGCCAGUCAAGAGCAGGCAGCAAAUGAGAUGCCCAGCCUGGAGGAGCCAGAACAGGACAGGACAGCUGCUGAAGUCACUGAAGGUGACAAAAAAACAGAGGGAAGUAGUGAAGAGCCCCAGUUAGCCUGUACACCCGAAGAACGAAGGCAUAAUCAACGGGAACGGCUCAAUCAGAUCUUGCUCAAUCUCCUUGAAAAAAUCCCUGGAAAAAAUGCUAUUGAUGUCACUUACUUGUUGGAAGAAGGCUCAGGCAGGAAACUACGAAGGCGCACUUUGUUUAUACCAGAAAGCAGCUUUCGCAAGUGACCCUCAAAGAACAAGAGCCUCAAGCAUCUGGGAUCCAGUGGAGCUAAUCAGUCCUGUCCCCUGUCCACUGGGUGUGGACAGUGGUGGGAAAGGUCCGUCCAGGCAAGGGGGAUGGGGUCAUAUGAUUGACGCUAGGUACUUGCUAACCUUAGGGCUAGUGGAGAGGAAGAGGAAAGGAAUCUGCCAGUUGGGUUUAAUUCUCCUCUCCAUUUCUUCACCCCAAGGGUUCAUGGAGGGGAGAGAGGGUCAUAUUAGGAAUGCCUAGAAACUAUUGGUACUUUACAGCACUUGCUUCUCCCCACAGCUUGUGUUUUUUUGGAUCACUCUUUGAUCCCACAGGCACUACUAAGAAGCUGCUUCCUAUACUGAGGUGUGAUUCAAAACCCAAAGGGAGAGCCAGGUCCCAGUUCUACCCCAUCAGGUCUUCACUUGGCUCUAAGAGCUACCCUAGAGUCCUACAGCACAUGCAGUGACAGGACAUCUUCCAAGACCCUUGACUGGGGAACUUCCUUCCUCCUUUCUUGCCCAACAGGUCACAGUAAAACAUGAAAUGACAGCUUAAAGCACUUGGAACUGCUGGCCCUCUCCCUACCUUUACUCCCAAAAUGGAAUCGUGGGAUAGGGGAGACCCCCAUGGGGUCAGAAUGGCAGUAUUUGUUGAAAUUAUUUUUGUUUUACCCUUCAUAACCUGCUGAACAUAUCUUUUUUUCUAAAGAGAAAGCCAAGUCCCCACAGCAGUCAUGCUGUUGUGAUGUACUGAUUGUGUCUGUUGUGCUGUGCAAAUGACAGUGUAUCUCAAAAUAAAACUACAUAAAUUCAAACUCCUCCCCCAGGAAUUCACUACAUAAACUGUUCAGCAGUAUUCACCCAUCAGUGUAUUAGUUGUAAGUGUAGAUUAUCAAUUGAAAACACUACUCUUAUUUUCUUAAUUAUAUAGUUUUCAAUGUCCAUCUCUCAAGAGACAGUGUGUUCUCUUCACCCUGGUCCUCCCACCUCCCUUUUCCCUCCUGAGGGACUUCAUCCUCAGGAGUAUGCCUAGUCACCUUCUUUCCAUUCUCCACCAGAAGUUACCAGACCCUACUGUCCCUUUAAAAGUAAAAUCUUAAAGCUUUGCUUUUCUUCUCAGACAUACAUAUGCAUAUAUGUUUGUUUUAGAUGUUCUGAGAUGGUUUUUAAAUGUGCCAAGUUCUCUGUGUGCGUGUGUAUGUAUAUAUGUGUGUGUGUAUAUAUGUUUGUGUGUGCAUAUAUAUAUGUAUGUGUAUAUGUAUAUAUAUGCAGUAUGAUUGGUAAGCAAUACAAUAGUAAACAUGUCCCCAUUACUUUUUCUAAUAUUGGACCAAUGCUGUCCCAACUGUACAUUUCCUUCCCAUUAUGACAACAACACUCUGACUCGUUUAGGUAGAAACAUUGACCACCUUCCAUUCCAUCAAUUUUUUUUCCCCUUUUUCUCCUUUCUGUGUAAUUCUUGAGGAAAAAAAAAAAAAAAGACAAGGGAUGCCAUAGAUUCCCUUGAGCAGAGAAAAAGCAAAAUAUUUUAUUAAAGAAAAAAAGAGAAAUGAAGACAAUAGUUUGGAGUAUUUUCUUACUGUAGAGAAGCACUGUACAUUACUCAGAGGCUAGGUCUAUGAUCCUCAUGUGGAGCUGGGAAAUCGCAUGUCCAAGCCCGGUUGAGUGGUUUCUUCUGUUUUUCAUUGCAGGGAGUAGGUGGGAGGGAGUCGGGACUAAGGGCACUUUGGGGGUCUUCUUUUAGUCAAAAGCAAGAAUAUGAUAAGAAAGAUUAAAUUCAAUGUUUCCUUUAAUAGUGUUAAACACUAAAGUUUUUAAAAACACAAAAAAGAAAAAACUUUGUAAAAUGUGAGAACAGAAGCAAAAGACACUACGCUCUGUCAUUUUAUCUUUCUUUUGUUGAAAGACUAAAAACUGAAAUGUUUUUUAGACAAUCAAAUGUUAGGUAAGUGCAAAAACUUGUUUUUUCUUACUGGUGUAGAAAUUAAUGCCUUUUUUAUUUUUCAGUUAUUUUAUAAUAACAAAAUAAAUAAAACAACCCCCAGCUGCCAGGUGGGUUUUGGUGUUUGAAACGCGGGCAAAGCACUACAGCAUCACGCAAAUAGAUAGAGUUAGUCUGCAUGUCUGUGGGCUGUGUGAUUGCGGAGAAUAUAAAUGCUGCUAAUAUAUUUCCUUUUUACAAAAGCAUAUCUAAAUAGAUGAUUGUUUUGAUGUUAAUCUUUGUAAAUUAUGUAUUACCAAUUUUAACAUUGGAUGUAAUUGCAUAAAAGCUUGCAUCUCAAUCCUUGAAAGUCUAGUAUUAAAUGGAAACAACUUUUCCUAA